CCCGCACGCGCACGCGAACGCGAGCGGAAUUCCCGAGCGAGGAGCGGAGAGGCACGCGGCGACGAAACGCCAGGCGUUGGACCCGAGUGAGAGGUAGAGAGCAGGCGGGUCAGCGGCGUGACCAGUGAUGGGCGAGCUCGAGGGCACAUACCGGGCGUUGCAGACCCCAGGCACACGCCUUGGUGCCCAGUUCAGCCCGGGCAUCAGUACUCUGGAGCCCAGGCAGAGCUUUAGUACCACGACCUUUGGGCCAGGGGGUAAAGGUCACAACAAGGGCCUGCAGAUCCGUGUCCAAGGCCUGGACGACACGCAGGAGUUCUAUGAGGUAGAGACAAAGGCAAAUGGGCAGACUCUCUAUUCGGAAGUGUUCCGGAGGAUCAAUCUCAUCGAGAGCGAUUAUUUUGGUCUGGAGUUCCAGAACCUGCAGAUGAACUGGGUUUGGCUGGAACCCACCAAGCUCAUAGUUAAACAAGUGCGACGACCAAUGAACGCACUCUUUCGGUUGUCAGUAAAGUUCUUCCCUCCUGAUCCUGGUCAGCUUCAGGAAGAGUUCACCAGAUACCUGUUCUCUCUGCAGAUAAAGAGAGAUCUGAUGGAGGACAGACUCCACUGCGCAGAGAACACAGCUGCCCUGCUGACCUCGCACCUGCUCCAGUGUGAGAUUGGGGAUUACGAUGACCUGGCAGACAGGGAAUAUCUGAAGCUGAACACAUUGGUUCCUCGGCAGGAUCGCAUACAGGAGAAGAUCAUGGAGUUUCAUCAACAACACCUGACUCAGACGCCAGCGGAGUCAGACUUCCAGGUUCUGGAGAUCGCCCGUAAACUGGAGAUGUACGGCGUGCGCUUCCAUCCCGCCGCUGACCGCGAGGGGUCAAAGAUCAACCUGGCUGUGGCCCACAUGGGCCUUCAGGUCUUCCAGGGCAACACCAAGAUCAACACAUUCAACUGGUCCAAGAUUCGCAAGCUGAGCUUCAAAAGGAAAAGAUUUCUGAUUAAGCUGCACUCAGAGGUCCAUGGUCCUCAUCAGGACACGCUGGAGUUCCUGAUGGCCAGUCGGGAUCAGUGUAAGGUCUUCUGGAAGAGCUGUGUGGAGCACCACUCGUUCUUCCGCCUACACGACCAGCCCCUGCCCAAAGCCAAAGCCAUGCUCUUCACGCGUGGGUCCUCCUUCAGAUACAGUGGCAGGACUCAGAAACAGCUGGUGGAGUUCGUGCGAGACAGUGGGUUGAAAAGGACACCCUACCAGAGGAGGAACAGUAAGAUUCGCAUGUCCAGCCGCUCACUGGCCACUGAGGUGCCUAAGCAGAGUCUGUCGUUUAACGACAGCCUGAAGCUGGCUUCUCCACCUUCCGCCUCCGUGUCCUUCCACUCACUGCACAGCACCAGCUCCCCUGUGCGGAUGGAGGCCCUGACUCUGCCUCCACCCCAGCAGAUCCUGCCUCUCCAGCAGACGCAGCAGCCAGCCAGACCACCCAGCCCCGUGAAGGAGGAGCCCAUCAAGGCCAACCCCCCACCAAACUCCGCCUUCCCAGGUUCCACGGUCGACAGCCCUGUGUUGUCUCCCUUAGGCUCCAACAGUCUGCUGUGUCCAUCUCCUUCCUAUCAGAUGUCCAUGCUCAGCCUGCCUGGUCAGUUCCCUUCACCCCAGCAGAGCCCCAUCCUCAACGAGACGGGAACAGCCAGGCCGGAGGAAGAGGAGGAGCUCCGGAGGAAGAGGUUUCCCACUAAUAAAGCCUACUUCAUUGCCAAGGAGAUUCUGAUGACCGAGAGGACAUACCUUAAGGACCUGGAGGUCCUCACAGUGUGGUUUCGCAGUGCGGUGAUCAAAGAGAAUGCCAUGCCUGAGGGCCUGAUGACCCUUCUCUUCUCCAACAUUGACCCUAUUUACGAGUUCCACAGAGGUUUCCUCAAAGAGCUCGACCAGAGGCUGGCUCUCUGGGAGGGACGCUCAAAUGCGCACGUGAAGGGAGAUUACCAGAGGAUCGGAGAUGUUAUGCUGAGGAACAUGUGUGCCCUGAAGGAGUUCACGGGCUACCUGCAGCAGCAUGACGAGGUACUCACGGAGCUGGAGAAGGCCACGAAGCGGGUGAAGAAGCUGGAGGUGGUCUACAAGGAGUUCGAGCUCCAGAAGGUGUGCUACCUCCCCCUCAACACCUUCCUACUCAAGCCCAUCCAGAGACUGAUGCACUACAGACUGAUUCUGGAACGCCUGUGCAGACACUACGCCCCUGAUCACAGCGACCAACGGCAUUGUAAAGAGGCCCUAAAGGAGGUGGCUGAGAUCGCCGCGCAGCUGCAGAGCAGCCUUAUUCGUCUGGAGAACUUCCAGAAGCUAACGGAGCUCCAGCGGGACCUAAUCGGCAUCGAGAACCUCACUGCUCCAGGCAGGGAGUUCAUCAGGGAAGGCUGCCUGUUCAAGCUCACCAAGAAAGGGCUACAGCAGAGGAUGUUCUUCCUGUUUUCAGACAUGCUCCUGUACACCAGCAAAGGCGUCACGGCAAGCAACCAGUUCAAAGUUCACGGGCAGCUUCCCCUCCACGGCAUGAUCGCAGAGGAGAGUGAGAGUGAGUGGUCAGUCCCCCACUGUUUCACCAUCUACUCUGCACAGCGGACCAUCGUCGUGGCCGCCAGCUCCAAGGUGGAGAUGAACAAGUGGAUCGAGGACCUUAACAUGGCAAUCGACAUGUCGAAGAAGUCUCAGGAGAAGUCGGACCUGUUUCUGGAGCCCAGCCUGUGUGACCGCUCCAACAGGUCUUCUGAUGAGGUGUCCUUGGAGCAGGAGUCAGAGGAUGACGUGAACUCCUCUCGCUGUUCCCUGGACAAGCAGAGCCACCACCGUGCCAACACAACCCUGCAUGUGUGCUGGCACCGUAACACCAGCGUGUCCAUGUCUGACCACAGCCUAGCCGUGGAGAACCAGCUGUCUGGCUACCUCCUGAGGAAGUUCAAGAACAGCAAUGGCUGGCAGAAGCUGUGGGUGGUCUUCACUAACUUCUGUCUCUUCUUCUACAAGACACACCAGGACGACUUCCCGCUGGCCAGCCUCCCUCUGCUGGGUUACACCGUCAGUACCCCCGGGGAAGCAGACGGCAUCCACAAGGAGUACGUUUUCAAGCUGCACUUCAAGUCCCACGUUUACUUCUUCAGGGCUGAAAGCGAGUACACCUUCGAAAGAUGGAUGGAGGUGAUCAUGAGCGCUGCCAGCACUGCCGGCCGGGUAAGCCUGCUCAUACCCAAAGGCCCCAACGAGGUGAACGGGAACUGAGCCGGGGUCCCACAGCGGACUGUGGUCCUGGGACUGGGGGGCUGGGCCUCACAGCCUGCCAGGACUUGACCACGUCAUUUUAUUUAAUCUUCUCUGUUUCUGCCACCAUCAUUCGUGUAGCAUAUAACGGACUGUCGCGCCUCCGUGAGAUCUCUGCUCAGUGGGGAUGGGAUGCACCCCUCUGAGCUCGCAGACUCGAUGGAGACCGGCUGAGAUCUCAGACUUGACAUGGCUACUAGCGCCACCACGCCACACAUUCAGCUAAAGUUACGCCAAGCUCUGCAUACUUUUCUAGAACAGUACGGAAAUAGCAAAUGGGUGUUGUUUUUGGAUCCGAGACAAUGUGUUCAUCCUGCGAUUUCUGCGGCCCCGUCUCAAAAAAUUCGCAUCCAUCUUGACACGGGGCACUCCAGCUUCACUGGCGCUGCCAAACGGUGCAGUCACGGUUUUUAAAUGAGUAAGAAUUUCCUGUGUGGGUGAUGGAUUUUAACAUCGAAAAACACGAGCUUUUGUAUUUUGUUUUUAUUUUAUUUUAUUUUUUGUAGGCUCAGUUUGUUAUUAAUGAGAGAAUGGUCUUUGGAUGCUGCUGAAUGAAUGAAUGAAUGAUGAAGUCUGGAGGGGUGCAGUAUGUGAAGUAGGUGACGUCAGCAGCACAGCCGCAUGUGCCUGCCAGGGAGGUUAGCCGCAUCGCCAUGGUAACGUGAUGAGGUUGUAAGAGACUGUCCCUUACCCUGCAUUUAACCUUUAAGAGACACACUGACUAGUAGCCUCCAACAGGGUGACUGCAAAGAUGACUGACGAGACGUCACAUUUUAGGAAAUUCCAUGCCGCGGUGAUCCCAACUUCAAUCCAGUUACAUUACCGUAACUGUUCCUUGAUGGAUUUUUAUGUAGUUAGCAGCU